AUGCAUCCAGAGGUGGAGGAGAGAGGACACUGGGGGAGUAAGGUGGAGUUUCUCCUGGCUGUAGCAGGAAAUGUUGUUGGCCUCGGCAACGUGUGGAGGUUUCCUUACCUCUGCUACAAAAAUGGAGGGGGUGCAUUCUUGGUGCCAUAUUUUGUAUUUGUGGUGACUUGUGGGGUACCCCUUUUCCUGCUGGAGACAGCAGUCGGUCAGUAUACCCAGGAGGGCAGCAUCACCUGCUGGAGGAAGUUGUGCCCACUUGCAGAAGGUAUAGGCCAUGGUGGGCAGCUAAUCAUUCUCUACAGUUGUAUAACUUACAUCGUUAUUCUGUCCUGGGCUUUAUUCUACCUGGUGUUCUCCUUCAGCAACCAGCUCCCAUGGGCCAGCUGCAACAACUACUGGAACACAGAUGAGUGUGUAGACUUUUCAUCAGGAAAUGAGACCAUCCAUUGGACCAACAAGACAAAUUUGACUUCUGCAGCCACCGAAUUCUGGGAACGACGGGUGCUGUCUAUCUCAGGGGGUAUUGAAGAGUUGGGCAAUAUCAGGUGGGAGUUGCUGUUGUGCCUUAUUGUGAUGUGGGUGAUCUGUUACUUUUGCAUCUGGAAAGGAGUCAAGUCCACAGGAAAGGUGGUGUAUUUUACUGCCAUCUUUCCCUAUGUGAUGCUAAUAAUACUUUUGAUUCGAGGACUCUGUCUACCUGGUGCUCUUGAAGGAGUAAUGUUUUAUCUUCUGCCUGAUCCAUCACGACUUACAGACCCUCAGGUGUGGAUGGAAGCUGGUGCCCAGGUUUUCUUCUCAUACGAAGUCGGUGCUGGCACCCUUACUGUGCUAGGCAGCUACAACACAUACAAAAACAACUGCUACAGAGACUGCCUGUGGCUGUGUUUGCUGAACAGUGGUACCAGUAUUGUUGCUGGAUUUGCAGUAUUCUCUGUGCUGGGAUUCAUGGCUCAUGAGCAAGGUGUUCCUAUUGCAAAAGUAGCAGAGUCAGGCCACUACGACCACGAUACUCUGAAGUUGAGAGCUCCAGUCGCCUCCCAUGUGGCCAUCACAAAAGUCAAGGGGGUCACGGACCAAGGUUUCCCCACCGUCCCUCCUCUAGAACCUAGCUUAUCGGCUGUCUUCAGAGCUCAGAAGAUGAUAGUGGAUGAAGAGUAUGAAGAGGAGACCAAGGACAAGGCUCGACUGCAGUAG